AUGGAGGAAGAUGAGUGGGAUGACGCGCUGUUGGUGGAGAUUACAGCGCUAGAGACGAAGCAUUUACAGACCCAUAACCAGGAGAAACAAGUGCUGAAUCAGGCUAUAUCGACAGUAUCCACAAAUGCUAUAUCUUCGUUGUCUUGUGCCUGGAAUUGUACGUCUUGUACACUACAGAACGACGCAUCACGAAUCUCGUGCUUCGUGUGUGCCACACCACGUCGUCGGUCGCACCAGACAAAUACUAGAGGAACCGAUUCUGCCAAGAAAACGGUCCAGUCGAGACUUUCUUUUCAUGGACGACCAUUGACGUCUAUGACAAUCGUACCGUCUUUACAGCAACGACAAGGACAUGAAGAAAACCAGCAGCAUGUUAAAUGCUCGAAAUCGUCGUCUUUUGCUGUUUUAAACAAGGAAAAAACAGUAAAAAACAACAUUUUACAGCAGACAACAAUAGCAACAGGAUUGAAGGAAGUACAAUCGACAUCAAGUCAAUCAGGAUCAACUUUUGGAACUUCUGUUGGUACAAAACCGGUGUCUCGUUUACUAGAAAAGCCACGACAUGCAACAGGAGAAGAUUCUCAAGCUAAAUUGCGAUAUUUGGACAUUGAAACCUCAUCAGACUUUCCAGUAAUUGAUUCUGAAGCUGCGCAGCAUUUUGUCUACCCGACGAAUUACUCAAUUCGAGACUAUCAAUUGACAAUUGCAGAGAAAGCCUUGUUUCAUAAUACACUCGUGUCACUGCCGACAGGGCUAGGCAAGACACUUGUGGCUGCUGUGGUCAUGUACAAUUUUUAUCGGUGGUUCCCGACUGGAAAAAUUGUUUUUAUGGCACCGACGAAACCAUUGGUAGCUCAGCAGAUUAAAGCUUGUCAUGAGAUUAUGGGUAUUCCAUUGUCGGAUACUGCAGAACUGCAGGGAAAUGUACCUCCAGCUAUGCGCCGCAUGCUCUGGAAUUCGAGGCGCGUCUUCUUCUGCACUCCACAGAGCUUACAGAACGACCUGAAGCGAGGUGUAUGUGAUGCAGAAAAGUUUGUGUGUAUUGUAGUGGAUGAAGCCCAUCGUGCCACUGGUAACUACGCGUACUGUUGUGCAGUGCAGGAGAUCGAAGCGAAGACGCAGUUUUUCCGCGUAUUAGCGCUUUCGGCUACUCCUGGAGCUAAGUUUGACGUGAUCCAGGACGUGGUGACCAACCUGCGUAUCUCUCACAUUGAAAGCCGGUCGGCUGAUGACCCGGAUGUGAAGAAGUAUACCCACGCUCGUCAAGAAGAAGUGAUUAUUUGUCGUUUGAGUGCCCAGAUCACGGAAGUGAAGACGCAAUUUUUGAAGUGCUUUACACCUAUUGUUCAGCGACUCUUCCGUGGUAACAUUAUUCAGUACAACGAUCCGGAGAAACUCACGAGCUGGUAUGUACUGCAAGCGCGGGAGAAAUUUCGUAAGAGCCCCAGUUACGCUUCAAACCGCAGUGCUGAAAGCGAUCUAGCACUAUUGGUGAGUUUGCUGCAUGCCAAAAGCCUGUUAAUAGGCCACGGGCUCAGCAGCUUUUGUGAUCAGAUUAUGAACUGGGUCGAGGAACGCAAACGAGGAAAAAUGUCGUGGUCCAAGCGAGAGAUGUUGCACUCGUCGGACUUCCAAUCGCUUGAAUUGAGUUUAGCAGUGACUGCCAGCUCUAGUAGUACUGCUAGCCAUCCGAAAUUGGUCAAGCUUCGUGAAGUGCUGCUCGAGCACUUUCAACGUCAUGCGGUAGGUAAAUCUAGCACACGUGCGAUUGUUUUCACGCAGUAUCGAGCAAGCGUGUCUGAGAUUGUAGCGCUUCUGCGUCCACUAGCACCUCUCUUGAAUGUACAGCCAUUUAUUGGCCAGGGAGCGUCUGGCAAAGCAAAAGAAAACAAAGGCCAGUCCCAAAAGGUUCAACAAGAAAUCGUGCGCAGGUUUCGGCUGGGUGAGUUUAAUGUCCUCGUCGCGACAUGCAUUGCAGAAGAAGGUCUGGAUAUUGGUGAAGUUGACCUUAUUGUCUCUUUUGAUGCGCUCACCUCGCCUGUGCGAAUGAUCCAGCGAAUGGGCAGAACUGGACGCAAGCGCGUGGGCAGGGUCAUCAUUCUAGUGACAGAGGGCGAUGAGCAGAAGAAAUUGGCACGUAGUGCAUCGGCUGCGAAGACUGUGAGCCGCGCGCUUACAACUUUCAAGAGCAAGUUCACAUACUCGCAGUGCCCUCGCAUGUUACCACCAGGCAUUUGCCCACAAUUGAGAGAACUGGAGAUGAAGAUUCCGACUUUUCAUGCAUCUCAAGUGGGUGGUAAAACUGCGUGGGGGACAGUUGACCCGAGUUUGUGGCAACUCAGCGAUGCUGAGCGAGCAGUAGCGCUGACAAGAUAUUUCCCGUCCAAUUUUGCGACAAGCUUGAGGAAUAAAUUGUGUCCAAUUGUUGCAAAUCGGACGCAUUUGCUUCGACGUCAGCCACGUAGUUUAGUACGAAAAGGCAUAGGUACUCGAGUGGGACAUAGCUCUCGCUCGCUGAUGUUGCAAGCGCUGGUGCGGAAGAUCCACAAUAUACAGGAUGUAUUGGAGACAGGCUCGGACGACGACGAUGAUCAAAGUGAUGACAACAGAAUCGAGAUGGGCGCUACAGAUUCAAGCAACAUGGCAUUGUCAGGCUCUACAGAACAAAAGGCUUGUCGUAGCGCGCCGUCUCUGGACAAAGAUUGCGGUAGAAUUAGUGUGGGUGCGAACAACGCUGACGCGGACGGCGAAGUCGGCUCUUCUUGGCGAUACAUCAGUACUCAUAGUGAGUUUAGUGAUGAAGGUAGACCCGAUGGAUUGUUUACUGCAAUGAAUGAGUCAGUGGGCCUGCACUUUAGCCCGCAGUUUGUCGAUCUAGGAUCUCAGAUUGCAUCUACUGUGGAGGAGGGUGGGAAGCCCGAGAGAAGCAUUACAUGCCAUCAAGAAAAUCAAGUAUCAGCAGCUGCUGCAGCAAAUGUUCAGGAAUCGCUUUUUAACACUUCCAGUUUGGUAUGUCCGUCGAGUGCACAGACACAACUAGACGUGACUAAUGCAGAUAGCCUGUGUCGUGUCCAAAGCGUGCCUGAAGGGCAGCGCAUCAAUUCAGAUGAUGUCGAUAACAAAGGGAGAUCUCAAGAAAUGUCUGCAGUAUUAUCCUUGACACGUGCCUCUGAUUCUCCUCGUCCUCGACCAAGCUCGUGCGAGACCAGUUGCCUCCCGGCGCGUGUAAAACAGAACGACACUACUUCGGAUACAGAUGUUCCAGUUGCCCCUCGCUUACGUGGCAUGCGGCAAUUGCUCUUCGACGAGAACGAUGUUGAUGGCAACUCGUUGGAUCAAACGCAAAGCGCUGAAUCCUCACAGCAAGAGGUUAUUGCUCCAGCCGUCGAAACAGAUUUACCGCUGGAAAAGCAUGAGCUGUCACAAGUGAAGGACGAGGACCAUUCUGGGUUUUCAUUUGCAUUGUUCCCUACAAAUGCAUGUACAGGAGGUGACAUUGAGGAUGCGACAAACGACACAGACCAGUCCGACAAAGAAUCUUCUGCAUGCUCUUUUGCUCUGCUGCCGCCCACCGACACCGAAUAUGAUGUUUGCGCAGCAAGCAAACAUAGCAUAUCAGCAAAGCUUACAAAUGCAGCUUUCCACGAAAGAGACUACCAACUCGUUGACGAUGGUACUGAUGGUGAUGGUGUCGAUGAAGUAAAUGAGGUGAAACUUGCAGUCAAGGACGAGCUGACGUGCGAAGCUAACACUGACCUAAGCGUCGUCGAUAUAGCAGCGAAGGGGAAGUGCCGCACUGCAGUGAAGCAUGAAGAGAAAAAGGAGACUCGAGACUCAAUGCUGGGAUUUUCAAAAUCUCACUCAGAUGGGAAAAAUGGCACCAGUCAGAUGUCAGCUCAGAGUCUGCUCAAAGAAGCUGAAGCGGAGCAGGUGGGAGACGAUUGCUGCUCCAUUUGCCUCGAAAGCGAAUCAUGCGACGAAGACCCAAUUGUCUUCUGCGACGGAUGUAAUGUUGCAGUCCAUCAAUAUUGCUAUGGGGUCAGCGUUGUUCCUAGUGGCAAGUGGUUCUGUGAUAUCUGCGCGGAGACACGAAGAAGCGAAUGCACAGCAGAACCAAACCAACGUGUAUGCCAGCUUUGUCCUCUCCGUGGUGGUGCAUUGAAGCAAACGAAGUGUGGCAAGUGGGUGCACGUGCAGUGUUUCUUGUGGAUCCCGGAGUUUCGAGUGGAGAAAAGCGACGAUGAUGUACUUGUUCUUGGUGAAUUGAGCAGGUUAGACCCAGACCGCAAAACGCUCGACUGCUCUUUAUGUCAUUCACAGAAAGGUUAUGGAAUCAUCCAGUGUGCACACAAAAGAUGCCUAGCUGCUUUUCAUGUCAGCUGUGCUGCCUUCGCACGCUAUCGCAUGGAUCAACUGGACCCACCCGACGAAGAAGACACAGGAUGUGGAACAUUGUUUCUAGCGUACUGUCCGCUACAUCGCAACUCAAGAGCUCCCACUAUUUUCUCUGAGCAGCAGAAAACACCCUCGUUAGCCAUGGCUCGAUCUUCCAAACCUCCGAUUCCUGCAGUGACGGAAACUUCGUCUCCAAGCCACUUGUUAACAUCGCCUUCUUCUGCAGACGCCAAGAAGAAAUUUAAGACCUUUCGGCGACUAAAGCGGAAGUACGAUGCCACGCAAUCGCAACUGUUCUCACAACUGGAAACGAAGGCAUCGCCAUCCAUCACUUCGCCGUGGCAUAAGCGCAUCAGACGGUCUAAGCGGCGACGAGAGACGUCUCGCGCCUUGGCAGCUGCGUAUAUUGAAGACAUAGCCGAUGUUCGAGGUGGAGCAAGAUCUGAUGAUGACGAUGACGACGACUACGGAGACGAUUAUAAAGAAGCGGCCGACGACUCUUUUAUCAACGAUUCAUCGCAACUAUUGUAUUCACAGUCGGUUGAAUCUCCUGACGACGCUGACGACAACAAGUCGAAGAAGAAAUGGAAGAAGUCUAGUCCUAACAUGCGCGCUAUCUAUGCGCGAUCGCUGUGUGAGUCACAAAAUUCUCCACUUCUACUCCGCCGAGGCGGACGACAAUUGGGAGCUCUUCCCUAUAAUGGUAUUAUUCGUGCCUGUCUCAGCGAGCUGCACAAUCAACCGAAUGAAGGAGAUUCUCCGCCUCGAAGAUCACGCUCCGGUUCACGGAUGCCUCAAAAGGUACAAGGCAUUUUGGUGACACCAUCAACUUUAUCGACCCCGAUUCGUGCGCGUACCGUCCGGACUGAGUCUGAUGGUGAUGACAGUGCCACUGAAGCCGAACCUUCGCCCAGUUUCACCUUGCUUGGUGCUGCUAAACCAUUCGCGCAAGCGUGUAGCACUCUUGGACUGAUUGAGCAAGACGAAAGCGACAACGUGAAUACAGCGGAGGUUGAAGUGGUCUCGCCAUGCUACAAUUUUCGAGGCACUACAAGUCCGCUAGCUGGUGCUGCAAAUGCUAUCUCGAUUGACGCAAAUGGUCCAAGUGUGGCGCAACUCGGUUGCGCUCACCCAGUGGAACAUGCUCAAGAUAUCCGUGAUGCCGAGCUGCACAAGAAGAUUGAAGCAAAUCGUAUAAAGGCGCUUAAGAAGCUGGAAGAACGCAGACAAACAAAGCUUCAGCAAACCGCGCAACUUUCGCGACCACAUGAUGCUCCAACACUGUCGGACAACGAUCAGAAGGAGGUCCCCCUUCACAGAGCCGCUGACCACGGUUGCGCUUCCGUUGCAGCUACUAUUACCAAGAAGACGCACGAGGACGAGACAGCUGCUCACCAAUACGCACUGACGACAAGUAGCCCAAAUUUUGUAGGUGAAGGUUUCCAACGCACUGUGACUACCGUUGACCUUACAAGCCCGAAACCGACGCGACCUGAAUCUAUUGAGCAGGAUCUAUCACCGAAGUGGGUCAUCUUCGUGAGCUCAUCCUUCGGUAGGUCAAGUGGAUUCUCUACAUUUCUGUCAGCCAAGCACGCCGAUUGCAAUGUGGUCAUCGAUGACACGUUGGAGGCGGAUGCUCUGUUAAGUGUGCGCAUGGCAGUACUAUUCCUGACCGGUCCGGAGCUGCAGGACUUGACUCUCGCUUCUCCAAUGGAAAAUAUGGUAAAAAGUCGGCGGAUUCGGACACUAGUGGCAAUGCACAAGAAGAUCGUUGUGGCGGGUGUUUACGAUGGAAGUGAUCUUCCUGAGGUUCCGCGAUUGAAACAACUGCCAAAUGCAACGGUUGUUGUUCAGCCGUGCUUUAAUUUCUUGUGUGCGCAGCUCCAUCAACUUGCCCGUCAGGAGCUUGUAGAAGGUUAUGAAGCACCAUCUCCAAGCUUGUGUCAUCCUGACUUUAGUGGUGGGACAUGCAGUGAACUAGACGCGGAUUUUGCUUCCCGCCUCGUGUUUUUCCGCACGAUUGAGCCGUUAUCACUAGAUAGUGCGCUUUCUCUUAGUUUUCGCUUCAAGAAUUUUGCAGCAGGGAAGGUGCCUGUGCUCAAAUUUAAUGAAAUGCACUGGAGACGGAUGCUGCCGUGGAUUUCGGAGUCAACAGCAAAAGAGAUUCGGAACUACGUCAAUCAAAACAUGUGCGGCAUUGAGUGA